AUGCGCUUCACAUUACUAAUUGUUGCUGCUCUUGCUCUUGCCAAUGUUUCAUUCGCUGCUCCUGCUCCUUCGCCGUUGACCAACGAUGCCAUCAAUUAUAGAGGCGCCGUUGUUCACAGAGAAACCGUCAACUAUAGCGAUGCAGCUAGCAUUGCUAGACUCUAUCGUCGUUCAGAGAAUGAAGCCGAAGAAAAUGAAGGUGACGAAGAUUUUCCUCCUGCUCCUGCUGGUAAAGCCAAGAAUAAGGCCAAGGGUACUAUUGGUACCGCUACUGGAAGUGCUGGUGCUGCUGAAAAAGAGGAAGAGAAAAACUCUGGCCUUCCUACUGAAGCUGUCACUGGUGCUCUCGGUGGUGUUGCUAAAGGUUUGCCUGCCUCUGAAUUACUGGCAGGAGGCUUACCUGCUACUAAAGGCCUUGCUUCAGGCUUGCCUCUCGAUACAGUUACGGGUCUCGCCACUGGUGCAACUACUGGUGGCUUGCCUACAGAUCAAGUAGCUGGCCUUGCAAGCGGUGUUACUGGUGCUGGCUUACCCACAGAUGAAGUUACUAGUCUCGCAGGAGGAGUGACCAAGGGCGGGUUGCCCACUGACGGUGUUACUAACCUCGCUGGUGGUUUACCUGUUGUAAACAGCGUUGCUUCUGGUCUCUAA